CCGCCACUGGGAGGGCGGACGGAUGCGAUGCAGAACACACAUACACCACGCACCAAACAUACAGAGACAGAGCACACGCUGUCUCCAGACGACAACAACAGAGGAAGCAGCAGCCCCUGUAGUAGCAGGAAGAAGAGAACCACGAAGAGAAUCACCAGAAGAAACCCCCCUCACUCUUCUCCUCUCCCUAGGACCGCAGCUCUGAGAUGGGCUGCUCCUCGGGGCGCCAGCCCCCGGCCCCUGUUAAUCACCCAGACCUGGACUGUGGCAGCAGCAUACCUCUGGAGUCCCCCCAUAGAGGGGACCUGGUCCUAUCCCCAGACUCUCUCUCCACACUAGAACGACUAGCCCAGGCCACAGGCGGCACGGAGAAGUCCUGGUACCGCUGUGUGUUCCCGUUUGGGGUGAUUUCCCUGGUGAUCGGGGUGGCGGGGACAGGGGUCACCUUUAUGUAUAACACGCCAGACCUGCACCAGACCAAGGUGGUGUCCAUGGUGCUGCUGGUGGUGGGGAUGGUCAUGCUGCUGAUGGCAGCAGUGUGCUGGAGGGACCACAGGCUGAAGAGGAGGAAGAAGAAGGAGGGAGGGUUCUUCUGCUCUGAACAGGGCACCUUGUGAGGUCUGGGGGAGGAAGAGGGAUGAAUGGGACAGAGACACAGACACACAUGAAAGGAUGGAUGGAUGGAAAGGUUGAACAUUUGUAAGGUCCAAACCGAUCAACCUGCCACGUGCUUCGGCAAGACGCUAGAUUUCACUGAAGUGAAGAGGUGGUGGAAAGGGUUGAGGGUUCCUAUUUCUUCUCUCUCGUUUGGAAAUAUAACCUCCUCCUUUACUUUUUCCUCUCCGUUUUUUCCCAGCCCCCAUGUCUCUGAGGAUGUUUACUCUGUUUUUCACUGUGUGGAGGGAGGGAGGGUGGUGUUUUCACGCUUUCAAGUUCAGAGAGUUCUGCACACUGGUUAACCGUGGACCCUGAUAACCAACUGUAGCAGUGAGAUGUCUCAUCAGAAUGACGGAAUCAGACUUUGGAUGUGUACCAAAUGGCACCAUAUUCCCUACAUUGUGAAUAGUGUAGGGAACAGGAUGCCAUUUUGGCCCAGCUUUUCAUUCAUAGUGAUUGACUGAUCUCUGCUUUCCACUUCAGUUGGCUUAGCAGUAUUUUAAAGAUGAGGACAUCUUUUUUAACGGUGCUUCUUCUUACUGCCAUGUCAGUAAUAAAUUGUGAUGAAUUAAUUUGCGUGUGCGUGUGUGCACCUCUAACUGGUAUGAAUUCAUAGUUGAAGGUUUCACAUAAUGACAUCACCCUGCGACAAGACUGCUGUAAGUUUGUCAUCUUUGCAUUCCUCUGUAUGUUUGAUAUUACAUGUAUGUUUGGUAUGCUCUUAGAUAUGCAGAGGUUUAUGGACUGAUAAAUCAUUUGGAUGACGUUCAUAUCACAAAUCACAUAUCACUACCUGACCUGGGUCAAAUACAAUAUGUCAUACUUUCAAAUAUGUGAGCUGCGCUUGAUUUAGUAUAGCCUGGCUCAAUUGAACCAAUAGAAUAGUCCCAAAAGUGUAAACUCCAAGCUAAAUCAGGUGACCCUCAAAUACUUUCUAAUAUUUUAAAGUAUUUGACGUAAUGUAUUUGUCGCAGGUCUGAUCACUACUGUGUCUUACCACGUAAUUUGCCACGUUUUGCAAUGA